AGCAGCUGCUCUCGGCGCACGUCGCGUGCCUCCGGAUCGCCACGCCGGUGGACCAGCUCCCGAGGAUCGACGCCCAGCUCGCGCAGUCGCAGCAUGUCGUCGCCAAGUACUCGGUGCUCAACGGUGGAGGCGGCGCCGCGCACAUGCCCGACGACAAGGAGCUCGACCAGUUCAUGACACACUAUGUCUUGCUACUCUGCUCAUUCAAAGAACAGCUACAGCAGCAUGUCCGUGUCCAUGCAAUGGAAGCAGUGAUGGCUUGUUGGGAGCUUGAACAAUCUUUGCAAAGCUUGACAGGUGUAUCUCCGGGUGAAGGCACAGGUGCAACCAUGUCUGAUGACGAUGAUGAAGACCAAGCAAAUAGUGAAGCAAACUUGUAUGACGGGUUGGACGGGCCGGACACUCUGGGCUUUGGGCCUCUUGUCCCAACGGAAAGCGAGCGCUCAUUGAUGGAAAGAGUCCGACAGGAGCUGAAGCAUGAACUGAAACAGGGUUACAAAGAGAAGCUUAUAGACAUAAGAGAAGAGAUUCUUCGCAAGCGAAGAGCUGGAAAGCUCCCAGGAGAUACCACUUCUACUUUGAAAGCUUGGUGGCAGUCCCACUCGAAGUGGCCAUACCCAACAGAAGAGGAUAAGGCACGGCUGGUGCAGGAAACAGGAUUACAGCUGAAGCAGAUUAACAAUUGGUUUAUCAAUCAAAGGAAAAGAAACUGGCACAGCAACCCAUCCUCAUCCUCUGUGCUGAAAAGCAAACGUAAAAGGUAACAACAAUUCCCAGAACUUGGUAUAGAUGACCGGUGAGGAAUAGACAGCAACGAGCAAUGAACUCAAGGAAUUGCUCGCAAAAGUCGUAUGGGUACUCUAUUGGUAUUUAUGUAGAAAGCUAAUUAUAGCACAGGGCAUAGGGAAAUUUCGUGAAGUGCUUCGAUUUGAACCACUGCAACAGCUUUUUUCCACAGGUGUGUAGAGAUUUCGCAGCAUUUAGUGAGCUUUCAUAGAUCAUAGAUUAUAGUAAUAUCGUGAAACAAUCUAUUCGGUCUCUUCUCUUUCAAUUGGAUGGUCUAAACUGAUUGGUUUGCUUCUAUAUAUAUAUAUAUAUAUAUAGAUGCGUGGAAUAAGAUACGUGCACGAAUGUACAGUGUAAGAAAAUGUAGCUGUAAACUGCUAACAGUUGCUAUUUAUGAUAGCAUAGCUUAUAUAUAUAUAUAUAUAUAUAUAUAUAUAUAUAUAUAUAUAUAUGAUAGAACUGAGUCGAUAUUGUGGUGGAAAUGUAGAGACAAAAAUUGUCAAAAAUAGUUAUAUUUGCAAUGUUUUCCUCUGCAUUGGCUACUGUUUC